CUAUAUAUAUUAGUUAAACUCUUUUCCAAAGGAAUUAAACUUCAUCAAUCUCUCUUUUCCGAUCCCGAAGAUGAGACGCUCAUGGCCGACACGCCUCAUAUUCCUCAUGGUUCUCACGGUCGUCAUCGCCAUGAUUGCAGUAGCUUAUGGUUAUUCCUCUGUCUCAUCAUCAAAUCAUAAGUUCCCUCAUUACAAAUACAAAGCUCCAAGUCCUCCCACUACCUAUUCUCCUUACCGUUAUUUCUCGCCGCCUCCGGUUAUAGAUUCAGAUUCUGCAGCUUAUGAUCGAUGAUCGCAAGACGCAUUUUUUUCUUUGGGGGUGCAACUCUGAUCAACAAGAGUAAGAGACGACAAGACAACUACUUGGCGAUAUAUUGAAUGUCCUUAUUUGCUGGUAAUGUAAGAUUUGGAACUGUCCGAUUGUGAAAUAACUGAAAGAGCAACAAGUCCAUUUCCUCUGUGUUUCUUCAAAGACAAUUUAAUCAGAAAACAAGUGUAACCAAAAGUUUCAUGUAAUGCAAUAAUGCAUAAUGAUUCACCAAUUAGA